GCUGUGCGUAGCUGUGUACGCACGGCGCGCUUGACUUUGAUACGCACUACGGCGAUACGUACGCCGUGUUGUUUGUACAGACGAUGUAAACACAAGUAGGAAGGCGAUUUCUAUGAGCAGUAAGCAAAUCGUGUGUGCUUGGUAUGCGUAUGGAUGCGCAGUUAAUCGAGGGUUGUCGAGAUCGUGAAACUAAUGUUGAAGCUUUCAUGAUUGGACGAUGCACUUAAAGUUUGAUGCUCGAGUCUUCUCGUUUACAGUCCUGGGCCAAAACGAGCGUCUUGCGGCAGCCAGGUAUAAUGAAUAUCCCAAAUCUGUGACGGGAUAUAAGGAUGCAGAAAAUGCGCAAGAUGUUAACGAAGUGCUAUUCUGUAUGCGUGUGCGUGAAAUGGAGGAAGUAGUGUGGUACAUGUCGGCUUAAUGGGACAUCGCAAUGGCUCUAGUUAGUACAUAACAUGGACAUAACGAAUGCUUAUCCUUGAUACGAGCGAAUGAAGAACCUGAAGAACCAAAUCAUGACGACGAACCUAUGGGUCGAACAGUCAUGGUACGACUACAAACUGCGGUGGGAGCCGAAGGAGUACGGAGGGGUUCACAUGUUGCACGUGCCAUCCGAUCACAUAUGGCGGCCCGACAUAGUCCUCUACAACAACGCGGACGGCAACUUCGAGGUGACCUUGGCCACGAAGGCCACGAUCUACCAUCAAGGAUUGGUUGAGUGGAAGCCGCCGGCCAUAUAUAAGUCCUCCUGCGAGAUCGACGUGGAGUACUUCCCAUUCGACGAGCAGACCUGCGUCCUCAAGUUCGGUUCGUGGACCUAUGACGGCUUCAAGGUCGAUCUAAGACACAUGGACGAAAAAUUGGGGAGCAACGUGGUGGACAUGGGAGUUGACCUGUCCGAAUUCUACAUGUCGGUAGAAUGGGAUAUUUUAGAAGUGCCUGCAGUUCGGAACGAGAAGUUUUACACUUGCUGCGACGAGCCCUACUUGGACAUCACGUUCAACAUCACGAUGAGGAGGAAAACCCUCUUCUACACAGUGAACAUUAUCAUCCCCUGCAUGGGGAUAUCGUUUCUCACGGUUCUCACAUUUUACCUGCCUAGCGACAGCGGCGAAAAGGUAACGCUCUCCAUCUCGAUUCUCAUUAGUCUCCACGUGUUCUUCCUGCUGGUCGUCGAGAUCAUCCCGCCGACAUCGUUGGUUGUGCCGCUGCUCGGAAAGUACCUGAUAUUUGCCAUGAUACUCGUCUCGAUAAGUAUAUGUGUUACCGUGGUCGUCCUCAACGUUCACUUCCGUUCACCACAAACGCACAAAAUGGCACCCUGGGUGAAGAGAGUUUUCAUACACAUUCUUCCGCGGCUCCUAAUUAUGAGGAGGCCUCAAUACAAAUUUGAACCUAACAGGUUCACUUCCGGCAGAGUGCUAAUGAGGACCGUCAGAGGAAAGGAGAAGACUUGCUAUUAUCCUUACCAUCCGUCGACUCAGGAAGACAGCGAAGAACACCUCACACCCAAGAGAUUCCACAGUCGUCCUCCAUCAAAGGAAGACCUCUCGCCUUCCAGCCUUACGGACGGUGCGAGGUUUGGAGGCAGCUGCUUGAUUCAUGGGCCCCCUUUGCAACCGUUACCGUUACACACCGAGUGUGAGAAUCUCUCGGCCUCCGGGGACGCAGGCAUAGAGGAAGUCAAGAGUCCCGCGCUGCGAAGUCCACCUGUCUUCUCGCACUCCCGUUGUCCGCCGGAAGUGCACAGGUCCUGCAUCUGCGUACGCUUCAUUGCGGAGCACACCAAAAUGCUGGAAGACUCGACUAAGGUAAAGGAGGAUUGGAAGUAUGUGGCGAUGGUGCUGGACCGCCUAUUUCUCUGGAUCUUUACUCUGGCGGUUCUGGUGGGCACUGCGGGCAUCAUCCUGCAAGCGCCCACUCUCUACGACGAUCGGAUGCCAAUCGACAAGAAGUUCAGCGAAUUUGCGACCACGGCGGUGGUGAAGUGUCCGCCCCAGUAGUCCAUGCCCGAGCCCUGCACCGUAGAGAGAGACUAAGGUCCAGAAACCCGGGCCUAGUCUUAGGAGUGUCCGCAAACUCCGUCUCCUUACCCUCAAUGACGAAAUUACGGUAAAAGGGCUCCGAUUUUGCAAAGAGUGAUCGAAAGUAUACGACGGGCGAUUUUAAAAAACGACGUAUGGGACGUUAAGCUUCUGUGAGAGAGGAACGAGACUCGAAGAAGCGAAAUAGACGUCGUCUGUCUAUCGUCGGUAGAAGAACGAGACUCGCCUCGAGAAACGAGGCGAUGCACAUCAUUACGAAAUCCUGAAAGAGAACUCGAGACAACGUCGUCGCGCUUGAACAAAUUGCACUUGGUGUCUCCCAAAUGAGAACGCGUCGCUCGCAGAAAAUAAGCGCGAGGCUCGCAAGGAGAUCCACAUACAGCUACCCUAGUCUGCUCAAGUAAAUCGUAAUACGAAGCUGCCACUAUUUAAUCGGGUAACACAUCAGGCUGACGAACAUUACGGUAUAACACUGUAUAGUAUAAAUUUAACGUUUCCGGAGACGGGGACUGAACAUGACGAUCGAGCUUCCGAUCUUCGCCUGUCGUUCGUCUAAACGCGCGCGGACGGACGUUAAGUUAUCGUUCGAAUAGAACACGCGAGAUAAUAAAGCUCGACGCGAAUUAGAACUUAAAUGCGAAGUUAAUUAAUGUCAUAUUUCAGUCUACGUUGUAGAUUCAUAAUCUAGAACGGGACGGCCAAUACAAAGAUAGCUUUGACCGUUGAUGACGUCGCGAUGCGGUUGUAUUGCUGCAGCGUCUUCCACAUCACGUCAUUUUGACAAUGAAGAAUCAACGCCGUAGUGACUUUUCUUUACGAACGUUUUUUACAUUUAAACGCGACGUAUCAAUUCCACAGCUUGUCGCUGCGUGUGCAAUUUACUGAAGCUUGGAUCCUUGUAAGCUUCUACAUCGCGGUGGACGAGAAGCGCAAUACCGCAGUACCACCGCAAUACGAUGGCAGCAAUCCGUACGCGAGCAAUACUUGGCUCGAACGACGAAGGUCGCAUUUCGCGAGCGUAUUGCCCUUUGCUACGCGAGCCGGGAGCCGCUCGCAUUGCGCGAAUUAAUUAGAUAAUCAGCGCGUAGCUAGCUCUCGUCGUAUACAGACCUUAGGGAGUAACCUUACUCGAAGUGUAUAACCAGUUGAUAAUUUUAGAAACAUAACCGUUUAUACGAGCAUAUACAUAUAUAUUUAAAAGCGACGGACGAGCCGAUGGCGCGUCGGUAGCGCGAAGUACUAUUCAGCUAUUCCCUAUAAAAAUAUUUAGUCAUCUAAUCUUCCUUUUUGAUAAUCUCCCUACACUGAAAGAAAUGGAAUGAACGAGCUUGUUGAAAUACAGAUGUGAAAAGACUUAUAUUGGAGCAUUAAAAAGAGGAUUUAGUAACUGGUACCAAAUUUGGUAACUACUACCAAAUCCUUUUUCCAGUGCAAUGUAAUUAUUUUAAUGAUCCAACAUAAUCUUUUUCAUACCUGUACUUCAACAAAAUCGUUCUUUCAGUGUAUUAUAUAAACUACUAUAUUCUCUUUCACAGUUUCUGCGGACACUCUUUGUACCUAUCACUUAAUUCUCUCGCUCUCCUCUCGAUCUCUUUCUCUUUUCCGAUAAGCGAUGUAAAUAUCUUUAUUCGUACGUGAUAUUAUCGUUUCCUGUUCCCUUCGUGAGAAAAAAAUAACGCGCAUAUCUCGCGUCGCCGACGCAUCUCGCGUUACCUCGUCCCAAUAAGAAUAUAUUGUAUUUUGUAACGAAAAAGUGAAACGCGUGAGAGUACGAUAAAGAAUAACCGAUAGUACGGUAAGAACAACAAGUAAAGCAUACGAAUUCUAAAGCUGAUAGUUGUAGGGAAUUGAACAACCAUUGACGCCGUUGUUCAAUACCGUAGUUCGUGGUCGUUGUCAUUUCAUUAUUUCGCCCUCUUUCGUUCCCUUUUAUAGACAGUUAACGCGUCAUGUAUGAUACUUGGUCAUUGUGGUUAAAAGAUCGCCCGUGUGGACUGUCACUCGCGUGAAAUAUAAAUGAACGUCGGAGAAUUCUGGAUCCUCUUCUUAUCUAAAUUUUACAAUUUUUCGGAUAUUCGAGAAAUUCGGAGAUGGAACUUUUACUGUGAUAACUCAACACGAAUUUAUAUGUAAUUCAAUACGAAAUUUAUGAGAGUAAUGAGUAAUAUACUUAUUAAUUUAUGUAGGACAACGUUGAAGCCGUUAGCUUGAACUCAAAGAAACUUAAUCGACCAAUUAUUCUCUAGAUUGAAACAAGUACCGGUUUUGUUUUAUACCGACAUUAACAUGCAUGGAAAAAGAGCACAAAAAAAUCGAUUUUUCCCUCUCGAUGAAGCAAGAGGAUUCACAAUCGACUUUGCCGAUAGCCUUUUAGGUCGACGAUCGAUUUAGCGUCGACAUACCCGAUUCUCCGACGUUUUCAGGACUCUUAGCCACUAAUUAACGAGUAAUAAUUUCGCGCAUUCUAGGUAUAAUAUUACGUAGUACAUUAAACUAUAAAUAUAUAUAAAUAUAUAUAUAUUAUUAUUACAGCGAGGGAAAAGAAUAAAAAUUCCCCGUUACUACUGCCAUUAAAACGCAACGCCGAUACUUUAGGAGCGUUUUUGCGCCGUCACACGAAUGGCGAAUCGACCGUUUUUCGCAAAGAACAAUUUCCGGCAUACGAUCGCUUCUUUCGAUCGUUAAGAGAUCGAGGACGGAUCAACGAGAAAGGGGAACUUUAUGCAAAAUAAUUUCUUCUCAGGACUCGGACGAACGUUUUUUCCCUGAUUGACUACGAGCGAUCGACGCCAAUCGAUCUAUGCCGGAUAUUGUACGAAAGUAUACGUGAUCGAGUUAAAAAUCGUCCAGUGAAUGCCGAAGUGUUAGUUUCGAGAAAUAAAUAAAGAGGGGCGUGCAUUUAGUAACGUAGACUCAAGGAAUUACUCUCUUAGAGAGAGAGAGAAGGCGAAACAAAUCUACUCCGCACUAGGUCGUUAGGAAAACAACGCACACAUUUUCUAUGAUAGAGCUAUAUACUUAAUUGUUAUAAAAUGACGCCGUGAUCGGUAAUAUUCGUAUCGGAGAUGAUUUUAUAGCGGUAUUUAAUCUCUAAUUAAUGCGAUAAGGCAGUGUGUCAGAGUUCUAAUUUCUCAGUUCUACCUUCUAAUAAACUGUCAAAAAGAAUAAAGAGACCAGGUUUAUAUUUGGUCUUGUUUUAUUGCAAUUUGAUUAUAUAAUUUUAUUAUAUAAUUGCUAUGUUUAAUUGUGAUGUAUAUUGUGACAACAAAAUCACGCAUUCAAAAUUAAAUUGAUUAAAUAGUAACGGUAUCUGAAUUAGUUAUAAUAAUUGAAAAUAAAGAUUGAGACUAUAGUAAAAACAGUAUAUUCUAUUAUUUUCUCAGAAUACAGAUUAUUAAAUCAGAUCAUUUAAAACGUUAGAAAAAAAAUUUAAGGAAGAAAUUUUAUCAAAACUUCUAACAGGUCACUGCUUAAGAAUUGACAAUUUAUAUAUUUAACAGAUAUAAUGUAAUUAUAUUUAAUAGAUUAAAAAGAAAUUUUAAUUUUACAGAUAAAAAAUUUGUUAGUUUUUUUCUAGUUCAUGACCUUUCAGUAACAAUCUUUUUAUUGUCACCGUCGGCAUUAAUGAGAGGCAAUGGAGUUGUACUGCUGCUAAGACAACGUCCUGCAAACAUACAUCACCGAUUGCGAAAAUAUUCGCUCGGUAGGAUAAUCUUAGAUCACGAAUGAAGAGCGAAUGGGAGAAAAGUAGAAUUGGAAUUAGAACGAAUGGAGAGUAUGCGCGUUUAGAUAAUAAACCAUUUAACAAGAUAAUAAACUAUUUAACAGGAUUAAGAUGUAAAUACCGUGUAAAUAACGAGAUGUACCGGUAAGUAAAAGCUAUAUAAAUGAUUGGGCCCUUUUUUACGAUUUUCAGAUAAGAUCGAUACCUUUCCAAAAAAUUGUAUGGGGCUUUUUAAUACAUCGUACUUGUUGUAACACACUACAUAUGUCACACACAUUUUCGCCAAUUUUUAAAUAAUUUUAAUCUUUUGUUAUCCAAAUGUAUGAUAUAAAAUAUUUGAACCUUAUACGAUUAAAGCCAGAAACUUUUUCGGGAAAUAAUGAUUGAUAAGGUUUAAAAAAUAAUCUAUGACGGGUUUUAUUAAUUAUUUUUAACAUUAAAUUUUGUAAUUUUUGUUUAAUCUUAUCACAUCUUAUUAAAUGAUCAAUCUCUUGAUUAUUAUGGCUUGUUAAGUUUUAGUAAAUAAUUAAUUCAUCGCCUUUAUGUCGUUAUAUCAUGAAAAGGAUAAGAUCUUCACAAAUGUAUAAAAAUUGUUUUUAAUAAUAGAAUUCUUAUAUUCGCGUAACAUUGAAACUUGAAUUUUAUCAAAGUAACAGUUAAAAUGUGAAUAAUUAAAUCAAUAAAAGGAUCAUGAAAGCAUAAGAAAGAAAUUUACAUCUUUUUAUUUGUCAUCAUUUUCGUCAUAUGUGAGAUUCUGUAUUAUGUUAAUCUUUCGUCAUAAUGUAAUAACGUAUUUUAUGAUACUGCAUCACUGACAUCGCUUGAACAAUUUUCGCGGGGUUUUCUUUCCUAUUAUUCCGUUUCCAAUAACAAUUUGCGAUUGAUGCUUGAUGGGAUUAUUGAGCAUUCGAGCACUAUUAAUUAGCGUUUGGUCACGAUGGAAAGAGCGUAGAACGUUAUCUGAACGCUGGCGUACAAAAGCACUGAACGAUAUCGCAUUAAAUGCACCGAGCGAAAUUCAGAGGAAAGAAAAAAAUGCGCGCACAACGCAUGAAAGGCAAAUACAGCGUACGAGAACGCGUAUCCUUUUGACGUACAAAACCACGCAUUUCGAACGAAUGUGAAAUUAAAAAACCGCAGAAUUCGAUGAAAUCGCGUCUGUUUAUUUGAUAUCGCCCGCAAAAUGUUAACAGCUCGAAACGUGCCGACGUAUAUUGCGAUCGUUUCAAAAUAUCGACAAUGCGCUCACACGCAACACUGAUAUUAGUGCGUCCGGUAAAAUCGAGUGAAUUGUAUGAAGACAAUAAACGAUCGAUACCUUUUCCAAGCGAUUAAUUGAAGGGGUUAUUAACGAAACAAGGCAUAUCCCUUGAAGCGGAGCUUUCGAAAGUAAGAGAUAUAAGAAUAUUUGUACUAAUAUCAAAUUACUUUUCUUCGACAAUUAAUAUCAGUAAAACUGCACUGUUCCGAUAGAUCUUCCUUGUAACAUAAAUGUCUUCUAAUAAAUUGCAAUUGUUGUGUACUAAAAUUGUGAAAAAGAAUAUUUACAUUGCAAUGCAAUCCACAUGCUUCGUUAGAUACGUCUCGUAUCGCAAAAAUAACCCCUGCAAUAUACGAGAGACCGGAAAAUAAAACGCAUUUUUUGAAUUCUCGUGUAUCGAGAAAUUUUUAUUUCCAAACAGAUGAACGCGCAUUUAGCGCCAAAUGCGCUGGAUUCAAAACAAGAUUCUCGUAUAAUACAGACGUAAGGUGAAAACUGCACGCCUCGAUCAUCGCCGUGGUAUGUAUAUUCCACAGUUAACGUUAGACGCGACUGUUGAAUUUUUAAUGUCAUUUCUGCAGCUUAUCCAAGUGUGAGAAUAUGUUACUCGAUAUAAAGUGGAAGAAACAGGCGGCUACAUUUAGCGUUAAACGUACGUGUUUUGUAAACCGUUGGCUGAGUAUCGAUGCAGAUACGACGUAGGAAAAGUCGCAUUUAGCGCUAAAUGCAUUGCAUAAAGUGGGUUGGACGUCGCCGCUUCGCCGAAGUAUAUGAAAUCGGUACUGUGAUGCAGUUUCACGAUUUUAACUCGUCUCGAAGAGUCUUGGCGUACACGAAAAGCGAGUGGUGAAACUUCGCGGUGUGUUUGAGACCUCGAUUUUAACAUCGGGCAAUUUAAUUUCUAAUGGCCGGAGUGUUCCAGCCGACGAUAAAUCAUCGCCUCCAACCCUUGAACUGCGUAUCUGAUAGCUUGCGAAUACCAUACUAAACGCAUUUAAACGAGCUAGGACUAAAGACGAGAGAAGAGUAAGGUUGGUACGGAUAGAUUAUUGUAACGAGAUAAUAUAGUGUGUUAUAAAACGAGCGUACCGUAUAGUAAUAGAGCGCCAUUAACGUAAGCGAGAAUGGGAGAGUUUACGGUAAACAUUGGAAUAACAAUGGAAUAAUUACCAUUAGAUACGAUUAUUAUGUAUAUCGUUUGUUAAAUAUGUACCUACUAACUGAUUAUACUAACGACCGUCGUUCUAAGGCUACACGAUAUAAGGACGAGAUUCUUGUUGCUUGGUUUUGUAAUCAUGCUUGACAAAAGCAUACGGAGAAAUAAAACUUGUUGUCGUA